CGCGGCUGUCACACUGACGUGGUUCCCGGAAGUGGGCUGGCGCAGGGCCGCCAUGUUGCAGCAGGACAGUAAUGAUGACACUGAAGAUGUUUCACUGUUUGAUGCAGAAGAGGAGACAACUAACAGACCAAAAAAAUCCAAAACCAGACAUCCAGUGGCAUCAUUUUUCCACUUGUUCUUUUGCGUCAGUGCCAUCAUUGUCUAUCUUUUCUGUGAACUGCUCAGCAGCAGCUUUAUUGCCUGUAUGGUAACAAUUAUCUUGCUGUUGUCUUGUGACUUUUGGGCAGUGAAGAACGUCACAGGUAGACUAAUGGUUGGCCUUCGUUGGUGGAAUCAUAUUGAUGAAGAUGGAAAGAGCCAUUGGGUGUUUGAGUCCAGGAUCGAAUCUUCUCAAGAGAAUAAAACUGCUUCAGAGGCUGAAUCAAGAAUCUUUUGGUUAGGACUUAUUGCCUGUCCAGUGCUGUGGGUGAUAUUUGCCUUUAGUGCCCUCUUCUCCUUCAGAGUAAAGUGGUUGAACACUGGAGAUGGUCAGACUCCCUGAAUAAAGAGUGAAAGCUUAUAAAUUUUGUUACAUUGGGGAACAACCGAAGAGAUUCUUGACUUUGAACCUCUUAGAACUCAGUCCAUAUUGCAACCAGGAGUGUGGGGUUUG